GGAGCGGCGUCAUGGCGGCGGCGGCUGUGACUUCCGGUCCGCGAACAAAAUGGCGGAAGCCGGAGUUCCGCUUCCCCGGUGUCGUCGGAUGGUUUACCUUGCACACAGCCCUACAUCUGUUGGCGUUGACCGAAUGCCUGGCGCCACCGACCACCACUACGUCGAGUCAAGAUAACCUAUGCUACCUCACUCAUGGUGGAUCCUCAGAGACGUUCACGGUCAACGAAGCCUUCCCAGUUGAGAGCAUCGUGGGCACCCUUCAGGUGGCGGGCAACGCGAGCGAGCCGUGGGGCGACAUCGAGCUGCGCAUGGCCGAUCCCGAGGGCUCCCCGCUCACCAUCUUACCCGGAACCAAGAGCCUCGUGCUGCGACAGAAGCUGGACAAGGAAGGCCGAGACGGACUGCGAUCUGUCACCACCGACGUCAUCUGCUCGCCAAGGCACACGCGGAACGACGAUCAUCUGAGCAUCACUGUGCCGGUUCGAAUCAUCGUGACGGAUGCAAACGACAACGCUCCGGAAUUCCAAGGCACUCCUUACUUCCUGAACAUCAGCGAGAGCACCGCGCCUGGUACGAUAGUCAUGCAAGGCAUUCGAGCCAUAGACAAAGACCAGCCUGGUCCCUUCAGCACCGUCGAGUACUACGUCGAAGACGGACAGCACUCGCACCUAUUGGCAUUCGAAAACCGGCUGGAGGGUUCUCUAGUACUCCAGGACAAGCUGGACCACGAGACACUUCCCAAGUUCACCGUCACUCUCAGGGCGCAGGAUCAAGGAAACCCACCACAGAGCUCUCACACCACCCUUGUGGUGGUGGUGCACGACGCUGACGAUCAGAACCCUAGGUUCCUGGCCGAGAGGUACUUCGUCCAGCUCCACAACACCACCCGUGCGGGCACGCCACUCGACGUGAAGCCAAGCAAGAUCGAAGCUGAAGACCCUGAUGAAGAAAUCAGGGCCCCCAUCAAGUACACCUUCAAUUCAGAUGCGCCCGAGUACUCCUACUUCGACCUGCACCCGCAGACAGGUCACGUGUCCCUGGUGAGGCCGCUGCCCGAAGGAUUCGCGUUGCCCGUGACGUUGGUGGUGCGAGCCACGCAGCACGACAACCCGGAUCGGUUCACGCUCACCACGCUCACGCUCACUGCCGACAGGUUUCCGCCCCAUGAGCUCCACUUCCUCCAGGACGAGUACGAGGCACGUGUGCUGGAGAGCACCCCGCCUGGCCAAGCGGUGCUGACGGUGCAGACAACUCGCGGCGCUGCCGACAAGGGCGGUGUCCGAUUCGAACUCAUGGACGACGGCAGCGGGGACGCUGGCUCAUUCGCUAUCCACGCUUCCGGCGAGCUUAUCCUCGCACAACCGCUCGACUACGAGACCAAGCAACUCUACAUGCUACAGGUUCUCGCCACCGAUGGCAAGCACAGUGACGUCGCUCGCGUCAACGUGAGCGUGUUGGAUGUGAACGACAACGACCCGCAGUUCAGCCAACCACGUUAUUCAUUCGUACUCACCGAACCUGAUGCCGUGCGCCAGGGGGCGCUCGUGGGUCGAGUCGAGGCAUCGGACGCCGACGCCGGUGACUUGGUCCAGCUGGCCAUAGACGGGCCGUCAGCGCGCCUCUUCACGAUCAACAACCGUGGCGAGGUACGCAUCCGUGACCUGGAGUACCUGAACUCCACGCGGUCGCACCUCGUGGUCGUGGCCACGGACAGCGGCGUUCCUCCUCGAAAGUCCACGGCGCUGGUAGAAGUGGAGUUCCCCGAAGCUCUGGUGCUAAGCAGCGGGGCGUUGGCACCAAGACGGGAUGAAGGCAGCUUCGUGCUCAUGGCGGUCUUCGGUGCCCUGCUGGGAUCCCUCCUUCUCAUCAUCAUCACUCUCACUGUGUACAUUCUGAAGAACAAAAAGUAUCGGAACAGACUGCCAGUCUCUAUCACAGGGAAUGGUCACACGCCGUUGAACAAGGUGGCAACAAUAAAAGCACCCCACAGUGCGGCUAACAAGUUAAUCAACCCUCCGCGACCUCUCGCCGGAGUCGAGAAUCCCAUCUUCAACCUGUCCGAUGCCAAGUCGGACGACACGACCGAGGACAUGAGCGAACGAGAGACAGUGCCGGACAGUCCGGACACUCCCGUGCCUAACGGGAAUAACAACAACAACAACAACCGACCGCAGCAAAAUGGCGGAGCACUGCCAAAUGGCAGGCUCGAGCCUCUGCGGAAUGGAACCGCGGCGCCCCCUACCGUCCCUUCGCCGCUUGGCAACGGGAAGCUCCUCAAUGUUCAGUGGCCGAUCGGCUCCAUACCAAGGAGGGUAAAGAAACUCAGCUGGGAAGACGAGCAACCAAACAAGACGGCGCUGGACCCUGACGUCAGCGUAACACCACUGACCGGUGGCAACCAGUCCCCAGACCACAACGAACUCACAGUGUACUUCUAGGUCAAACAGCACUGAACUGUGUCUUCCUCCUUCGAGUGUCUCGCAUGAAAGCGAGGGCGCCGUAGGUCAAAACCUGAGAAGCUGCGUGCGUGAAGCAAGCCGUUGUGAUAAAUCUGCCACAUGCCAAGCCGUUAGUGCCUUCCGUCUCUGCAAUUAGAUGACAGUGAUUGCCUUCGACAGUGGUUUGUCUUCCUCGAAUGCACCGGACACCCAAACAGUGUUGUGCGUGGACGUGUAUCGAGUGCGGCACUCAGAUGUGUGCGGUGUUUAAACCAUGCAUCUGAAAGAGACAGAAGUAACGUAUUUCGUUAUUGCGAGGCGACUUUUAGGGGUGCGAACGACACUUGUAAAGUGAAAUAUAGCUAGCUUCCUUUCGAGUUCAGUGCGACGAUGAAGAUCAUCGUAAGAGAAAAGACUAUGUUUGUGCAAGACGUUGCCAUUAUCGGGGCAAUGCUUCCACACUGAAAUCCAGCGAGCCUGUAGAAUGGUUCUUCGUUUUGCUCGGCAAGCUUCGUUUGAAGCCAAGAAGCAUUCAACGGUCGACCUGCUUGACCUGCUGUUGCACUGCCGAGGAUGGAUGUUCCAUUCCGAAGAAUUUCUGCUCAGCUAUUCCUGCUCAUUGUGCCCAUAUGUCACAAGAAAAUGAUUGCAUGAAGUUAUCUUCCCGAAGUCAAGCCCAGAAGAAAUACGUAAUUUACAUUACAAAGCUUGAGACCACAAUGCCGCCCUUUUGAACACGAAUUUCUUUGAAGAAAUUCCCUUGUAUUUUUAACACAUGUCCUCAAACUAAUGCUUGAAAAUUGAAAUGUAAAGGUGUGUGUUACCUUUAAAAUCGACAGAACAGAACCUAAUUAUGCCUCAGUAAACCAAGACAUUUAAGAACUACUGCUUCAGCGAUGUAGUACCCACCUCACUGCUUCACCACGUCGCUGCUGACGCAGAGUUCUUCAUGUGCCAAGUGCUAUUAUUGCUUCUUCUCCCCUUCAGUACGUGCAUUUUGCGCUGUGGGCCAAUCCAAAGCGAAGAAGAAGAAGUUACUACACUUCUGAGCUACCCAACUGUUGCAAGUCCCAGCACUAGCAGUCAGAAGAGCCACCAGGAAUGCAUUGAUUCUAGUAUUGUCUUUCUUUAAGCGCUUUGUAAUGAACAGCAUUGCAGCUUCUGUGUGCACCAAAGAAAUGAUAGCUGAGAUGUGGACUACGCAUUUUUGUAUAUAUACUAAAACAACAACAAAAGACGUGGAGCUUUAUAUUUUGUACAUAUUGUUGUUAUAUUAGUGUAUCAAGCCUGUUGCGUGCUUUGUUCUUGCCACAAUGCCUUACAGAGAGAAAAGAAACUUGCCUUGCACUCUCGACAACAGUAUAAAGUGUAUUUUCCUAGCGUGUUUCUAAUGCCAAUCUCUUUUGUAAUGUAUUUGUAUAGUUCCUUUUUUAUACGUUUCAUUUUGAUAAAAGAAGGCGUAAAGCAGUGGCGACUGUAAUGACGAAACGGUUGGAAAUAAAGAUACGUGUUUCCAUGUA